CACUGUCGCUCGUUACAACUCCACUCUUUCCACAUUUCGCUCCCUUAGCGCUAGCCGUGCCGUUUCGUCCAUAAAGCUCCGAACUCUGCCACUCAAUAAGGCUGCACACAACUGCUUUACCUACACCAUCUUCUUCCACCCUCGCUAGCCAAUUGCGACGCUAUAUGACUCGAUUCCAUUUCCUCAGAAGCCUGGGUGCCGCGUCACCGUUCGACCCUGCGCACAAACUCGUCACCUCGCCAGUGAUUUCCUCCCCAUUCGUACUCGCAAUCCUUCGGUUGAUCGUCGCAUUCUACACAACAUUUGCUCUUAUAUUUUCAUUGGCAUGGGAAGGAACGAAGUUGGGAACCGCAGACAGUUAUUUCUCCUAUUUCACCCAUCUUUCGUACAUCGGGAUAUGUGCAUAUUUCUGGGCCUCUGGGAUUCAAACCUUCUCUUAUUAUCGUCGGUGGAGGAAAGCCGGGGCAGGGGUGGGAUAUCUGCUUCAGCGUCAGCCAGGUGUUCUUCGCUGCAUGCACGUGGUGCUGCAAUCAACAGUUGUGACGUUUCCUAUUUUGGUGACCAUUGUUUUUUGGGCGUUACUCUCAAGCCCAUCUACUUUUGAAACAGUGUACUCAUCUUGGGACGUAAUAUCCGUUCACGCUCUCAACACCGUUUUCGCCCUGUUCGAGAUUCUCCUUACGAACUCCCCGCCAGCCCCAUGGUUAACUCUGCCAUUUGGUCUAUUUUUCCUCGCAGGAUAUCUUGGUAUCGCAUAUAUUACGCAUGCAACCCAGGGCUUUUACUCGUACUCGUUCUUAGACCCGCAAAAGCAACACGGAAAAGUCGCAGCAUAUAUCGUAGGCAUCGCGGUUGGGGAGAUUAUAAUAUUCUGUUUGAUCCGCGGCGUUAUUGUGCUCAGGGAACGGUGGGCGAUCCGUGCUAGGCUUGUUAUGGUUGGAGGGUCGACUGAUGAGAAUCUGGAGGAUGAAGAGUGGGAAGAGAUUGAGGGACCAUCCUCGCCUGGGGUUUGAUGUCUGCGAACAUACCUGUUCUUCGCCCAUUGCGACCGCCUUGGCGCAUUAUUCAACCUCCCAUCUACCAUGGGGACAAUUCAGAGGAGUCCCAUUCAGGCAUAAAGGACAAGAAACUUAUGGCAACCUAGUAGUUCGCCAUUCCACAGACAUAUAUAUAUAUAUAUGGGACAUUCGGAUUGCGAUCG